AUGGCCGAUCCGCCGCGUGAGAGUGAUCAAAGUGGUUGGACUCUUCCUGGUUAUAAAUAUUUGGGACCUGGAAAUUCUUUAAAUCGUGGAACUGCUGUGAACGCGUUGGACAGUGCAGCGAAAAAACACGACGAAAAGUACCACAAGAUUACGGAAUAUUUUAAAAAGACGAAGAAUCGAAAGGAUUUAGUAACCGAAAACGCUAGAGCAACUGAAAACACCUACACCAACGCCAUCUACAAGCACGCACCAUGA